AUGUUCUCAAGCUCUCGUGAAAUUUUUCAACGAACUUGCGCGUUUUUUGGAAUUUUUAACAACUCCAUUCUGGCGCUACUGAUCUUGUAUAGAUCCCCAAAAAAGUUGGGCAACUACAAGUUUUUGAUGAUGUACAUCUCGAUUUUUGAAACCCUGUACUCCCUGCUAGACUUUUCGACGAUCCCGGAGAUAUUCAGCAAAGACUACGUGUUUUUGAUAAUUAUUGAAAAGCGAUUGACAGUUUUGCCAAAUUUUUUAUUGCAAUGCGCUUUGAUUAUCUUCGGCAGUCUUUUCGGGAUGUCCAUGGCGAUUUUCGCUAUUCAUUUUGUCUAUAGAUACCUAGUUAUGACUGGAAGCCAGUUCAUCAAAACCCAUCAUCUUUUAAAAGUUCUUGGCCUAAUUGGGUUCACACUUUGCAUGGGCGUCGCCUGGAGUUUCCUCCACAGUUCAUAUCACCCAAUUCCUCAGGCCGAUAUUUUUCUUGACGUGGAAUAUUUGAAACCAAGAAACUUACAACUUACCGAAAUAAGCUACUCGGGCCCAUGUUUUCAAGUUCAAGACGAGAAAGGCGUUCUCCGGAUGAAUUGGGAUGUAGUUGGAACUACUGGAGUUAUGAUUCUACUCAUUAGUCUCAGUUUUUCAACAGUCUUCUACUGCGGCAUUUCCAUCUACAAGAACAUCAAAUCAAUGACUUCAAUGAGAUCCUCCCUGGACCAAUCCCUCCAAUCUCAACUGUUCUACGCCCUUGUAUUUCAAACCCUCAUCCCAGUUAUCUUAAUGCAUAUUCCUGCAAGUUUUGGGUUCCUUGUCUCAAUUUUCGGUAAUUCCAUUCAACUCUUCGGACAGCUCCCUACUUUCUCAAUUUUCUUGUUCCCAAUGCUGGAUCCACUCCCAAACUUUUUCAUUAUCCGAAGCUACCGCCAGGCUAUUACAGAAUUUUUCGGAUGCAUACUGUCUACGACUUCCAGCCAUAAAACUGACUCAAAUCAUAAACUGGAAAUGCGACCAAGAGCUGCUGCAAUUGUUGUAAAUUGAAUAUGAAGAUUGCGGUGGAAUUUAAUUUUUUAAAAAUUGUUCGUUAAAAUGAAUACUCUUAAGAAUGA